GCACCUCUUUAAAUGAGGCCAACCUCUCACUCUCUUUCCCUUGCUUUCUCUCUCAGUCUCUCUCCUGUUUUUUCAUUGGUAACAGUAAUACCAGCCCAAGUAGCAGUCGCCAGGCGCCGUUUCUCUUUUCUUGCACUCUCCUCUCCUCUCUCUGCAAUAAUGGUUAGUCCACCACUAUCCUCAUAAGUCCUGACCAAUCUCUCUCUUCAGAAUUCAAACAAGAAAACCAUGUUGUUUUCUUCACAUCAACCUCGCUGGCUUCAAGUUCUUCUUACUGAGAAAUUCUUCAAUGCUUGUAUAAUUCACGAAGACGCCAAGAAAAACGAGAAGAAUAUCUAUUGCUUGGACUGUUGCAUCAGUAUAUGCCCUCACUGCUUGUCUCCUCACAGCUCUCACAGGCUCUUACAGAUAAGAAGGUAUGUCUAUCACGAUGUUAUAAGGUUGGAUGAUGCAACAAAACUAAUGGACUGUUCUUUUGUCCAAUCAUACAUAACAAACAGUGCAAAAGUGAUUUUUAUAAACCAAAGGCCACAGACAAGGCAGUUCAGAGGCUCCGGCAACUUCUGCAGCACCUGCGACAGAAGCCUGCAAGACCCUUAUCUCUUUUGCUCUCUCUCCUGCAAGAUCAAUUAUCUGUUAAGAACAGAAGAUGGGCUUUCCAAGUUCCUGUUUGAGUGCAAUUUUUUGCCUUUACCUGAGGCGGGUCUGGAUGAUGGGCUGGUGACACCUGACUCCGUCCUUGAGCCGUCUGGUUCGACCAAGACGUCUUCCGGGUCUGGUGGAUACGGUGAAGUGUGGUGCAGGGCAGUUGCUUGCACUGCCACGACAGAGAUUGUGAAAAAGAAGAGGAGUAGCUUGACUGUAUGUCGUCCGACAUGUCCUCCAGCGUCCGAAGUUUCGGGAAGUUUGAUAAACCGGAGAAAGAAAACUCCACACCGGGCUCCACUGUAUUGAAUUGGUUGUCCUAGGGAAGAGAGAGAGAGAGAGAGAGGUCAGGGAGAUUGGGGCAUUGUUGGUAUUUUAUAUUCUCAUUCCAGACAAUUUAGGGAUGAAAACAUCUCCCAAUUUUGUUUAUGUAAACACUCUCCUCUCCCAUUGCAAAUUAUUCAUCCUCAAUUUUUUUCCCUUUUUAUAUAGUUAUAGUGAGUAAUACUGACAGAAAGUGCUGUA